AUGUCUUCGGAGUCAGAAAAGGAUAAAGAGAGACUGAGUCAAGCUGCCAGACUAUUCUUCUUCCACAUUCGAGAUCUGGUUUCCUUCAUAAAUAAGUUCAUUGAGUUGUUUAACCUCACGAUGAAGACUCGGGUCCUCCCGGUGGAUCUGAAGGAAGACAGUUGCAUUAAAGAUUUCUUUGAGCAAAUGAUCACCAAUUUUAAAGAGAUGCAACUGAUGGUGGAAGCCAAGCACAAACAAGUGCAGAAGCAGCCUUUCUGUUCCACGGUGGCGAGUGCUGUGACCUCUGCAGUGGAGAAGUGUGUCAACGUGGGCCCACAGCACACAGCUCGAGAAAUGCUCAGAAAUAUCCAGGCUCCAGCCACUGCCUCUGUGCUGAGCAGUAGUCUCAUCCUUGGGAGUCUGGAAUCUUCUCUCUCAAACCUGAUGCAGUUCCCCAUCAUGGGUCUCCGAUUAAGUGACUUCUAUAGAGAAGAGAACAAAGAGCCAUCGGGUGCCACCACAUCCGAGAAAAUCACAAGUCCAGAACGUCCCCAGGCCACUCCAGAGGAUGCUUUGAAGAAGCUGCAAGAUGCCCUGAGAACGGAGAAUGCCCACAAGCCGGCGGAAGCAGCCGCAGAUGAACUGGAACAGUUUGUCCAGACUAUGGAGCUCACCCUGCAGGUCCUCCAGAAAGCCAUAGAGACCAUGGAAGGGGGCAUCUCCACAUUUAGGGAAGUUGGGACCAAGUAG